AGAGCAYCSUGGAAUGUUGCUGUGGAGCUGAAARGGGCUCUGGUAGGAGAGGAGCUCUGUGGAGUCAGCAGAGUUCAGACAUUAACCUUCAGUUCCACUGGCACCACAGCUGGGAAAGCAUUUCCUGCUGAAGAAGGUCUUGGCUUCAUCAGUUCUAGGAAAUGUGAGAACUACAAUAGAAAUGAAAGGGAAGGAAGCAAACAAAUACACAUCAUGAUGCAGUUGCAAAAUGAGCAGAGAUGAAGAGUUGAUUGCAGAGAGAAACUGAACAUCAGAAAGAGCAUGGGAAGAGAUGAAGAGGUCCAGAGGGGAGAGCAAGAGAGACAAAGAACUUUUCACUUGUCAUUCUUCUGGAUCUUGUACCCUCUCAUCAGCAAAUAUUGAUGUUGGUGUUGCUGUUUCCUUAUGGCYGAGGGGCUGUGGUCAGGAUGAAACCGGAGGAGGAAUCGAAGAGAGGAGAUAAGAAUCGGGCUGAAGCAAUAGAAGAGGAAGAGAGGAGCAGCCUGUGAGCACAGAGGGAACUUGCUGGCCCAGUGGCGAGGGGGCGAGGUCCCGGCAAGGCUUCAGCUCCCCUUGGCUGAGCAGUGACCCCCACGCUGCAAGGAGAGACAGGAGGCUCCUGGCUGAUCCCACCAGGCACCAGAAUCGUCACCACGAGGCUGUUGGGAAGCAUGGAGCUCUGGCUGGCUGACACCUUUCUGCCCCUGCUGCUCCUCACCUGCCUGCCAGCUGGAACAGUCAGUCAGCUGGCAGAUCGAGUCAUCACUGUGCAGUUCGAGAUUUGUUCRCAGAAUGUCACAGUGCAGAUGAAGUGGGAUGGACCUGAACGUGUGGAGGUGGAGAAUCAAACCAACAGUGUGGUUGUGGGAAAAAACAGUACAAAUCUCACCAACUCCUGCAUGUGUACAGCCCACACAGGAAUCCGUGUGUGUAAGGUCUUCAUCACAAGACCAAACUCAACAGACACUGGAAACAGCACACGAACACCAGAUUUCCGCUGUGACUCUGCAGGAUCUCAGACGGAUGUCACAGGAAACAUCUGGACAGGACUCAGCCUCCUCCUGUGCAUCCUCCUUGGCUUAGCGGUCGGGACGCUCCUUUACAUGCCGGUCAUUGGCUUCCUGCUGUGGCGGUGCAGAAGGAACAGAACAGGAGAGCUCUCAAGUGAGGAAGUGGUGGAGGGGAAUCAGGUCAGCACGGCAGCCCUGGUGACAGGGACCGAGGACCUGACCUAUGCCAACCUGAAGUUUGAGAAGAAGGGGACAGAACCUGCCUCCUCCAAUGUCAUUUACACUGAGAUCAAGCCAUCACAACAGAAGCAGAGUGGUGAUGGCAGUGCUGCCAGCACAGAGGUGAAUAUCUCCCCCAAGGAAGAGGGCAAAUGAAGGAGGGUGAGCAGCUUGUUGUCUGCCUGUCAGGCUCAUCCUCCUCAAAAACGAGGUGUUAGCUCAUACAGGAGUGCAAUCUUGGUGGCCAAAGCCAUCUAAUACCCCCGAGUGGCUGCACAGCCCUGCUUUGUGUUCCCCUGGAAGAAGCCAUGUCUCACGUUGAAGGACAGGGCUCUGGAGGCCAUUGUCCCCUUCUGCAGCUCCAAGCACUGCCAAACCUCAGCAACUCUUUUCACUGUCUCCAGUCCCUGACAAGCUCCUCUAGCUACUUGCUUGGUGUUUCAGGAGUGACACUGUACACUCUGUGGCCAACACAGUGUCCAGGAAGAGCUUGGUCCUGGACAUGCUAGGUGGCAUGGCUAUGAGAAACUGUAGAACAAUUUUCUGGAUUUUCCCUGGAGCAGGCACCUGCUGUGAUGUGGGUUGACUUUGCUCUGGUUCACUUACUUGAGAGAUAAGGAUGGAAAAGCAUUGCUUGCAUCAUAGAGGUGCUGCUGCAGUGAUUUGCUUUGUAUGGCAGUGGCUAGGUGGUUUGGUGGUGAAUACCCUUCUUGUGGGGAGAGCACUCUCUUUUGUGCCCUCUUUUAUUGAUACUGUUUCAUUUAUUGUCAGUUUUUUAGUAAAAUUAUGA